AUGGAAAUUCCCUGUGUUUCCUUGAAGAAAAAUAUACCCCUAGUGAGUGCCUCAGCCAAGAAGCUGCUGGGGACACCUGAGGGUACCAUCGCUGCUGCCCUUGUCCAAGAUUUUCUCCAGUGCCUUGGCUUAGAUUUCUCUCUGGCAGUUUUUGCACCAGAGUCUGGACACUCAACCAGCUGGACAUUUCCUGGCACUGAAGCUCUCACCAGCAGCCUCAACUUAAAUACAGAAAAAGGUGGUCAGAAAACUCCUCUGCUAAUUGAGCUUCUGAGAGAGAGAGAGUCCAAUAUAUCUCCUGUUGAGAAGAAGAAUAGCCAAGUGAAGUGUUCUGUAAAUAGCAACAGAGGACAUUAUUCACAGCUACCUAUGCUCAAUGGUAUGCCUCAGCCAGAUCCAUCACAUAGUGGCAGUGAGUUAUUUAAGACCAAACCAGAAUCUAGUCUUUCAAAUUUUCUUGAUAAAGCGGGUUCUGAAAACUCAAAGUCAUUCAGCACAACUGAAGCAGAAGGCAGAAGUGGGCUAAGCAAAAAUGGCGACAAAGACUCGACAAAAGAGGCAGAACUGAAGCCACGACCAGAGAUUGACCGGGCAUCCAUUAAAUUAACAUCACAGGAUGAUAAACUAAGCUCAGAAAGUUACCAGACCAGCCAAAAUAUUGGUGUUGGGGACAACAGUAAUUUUGGCAAUGCACCUUCUGCCAGGUUUCCAGUACUGUCGUCUAUGGAGGAGAAGAACCAAGGUAGCUACCACACUUCCCCCACUGGUAAAGAAAAACAGUAUGAAGAUGACUUUUCCUCAAUGAGUGAUAAGGAAGACCAAGAUGAGGAAGAGGAAGAGGAGUGUGUUGAAGAGGUAGACGACAUAGAUGAAGACAUAUCAAUUGAUGACCUCAUUAAUUCUAGUGCUUCAAUUGGUUCAGAUGCGACCAAGGACCAGUCAUUGUCUCAAGCAAGUGAUGUGGUAAAUUACCAAGAAGACCUCUGAUACCUCCCAGUGAUGGUCCAACACAAAAACAUACUUAGGAGUAUUUGAAGUUAUUAUUUUUAAUUUGUUGUUUGUGUUAAUAUUAUAUCCUGCAGUAACUCUAAUGUGUUGGUAUGUUCUUUUACUUGCACGAACAAAUCACACAAAUGUAAGGUUCAUCUUUUAAUUUUGAAGUUGUAAUUGUGUAUGGACUAGUACUUGUAACACUUACACACACA